CCUCUCUUGAACGUUUAGCUGGGUGGUACAUUGUCGGAGCAGAUCUCUAAGAAGAUGGCUUCGUACCUACCGUUCGACUGGCAGGGUGUUGGCGCUGCACUGGCGUUCGUCACCUCCGUCAGCUCGCUGGCUGUCGACACGUUCUUCGGGAAAGGGAAGAAGAAGAAGAAGCCACUCGCGGGGCCUCCCGGAUACCCACUGAUCGGCAACCUCCCGAGCCUGGGCGCGAAUCCGCACCUGCAGCUCACCGAGUGGAGACGAGAGUACGGCGACAUCUACCGGAUUCGCAUGGGGCUGCAGGACGCGGUGAUUCUCAACGGUUACGACGUCAUCCGAGAAGCGCUGCUGAAGAAAGCUGAUAGGCUGUCCGACAGGCCUUACAUGUACGUUCUUCACGAGCUGAGCUGCGGUGGGAAAGGCAUUGGAUUCGCUGGGUACAAUGACGAGUACAAGAACAGGAGGAGGGCCAUGGUGUCGAUUCUCAGGCGCUUCGGAAUGGGGAAGGGUUUCAUGGAGGGGAAGAUCCACGAGGAGGUGCUGGAGCUGAGGAAGAACUUCGCAGAGCAGGCGGCCAGCGGCGAGGCGUUCGACCCUUCCCGCCUGCUGGGCUGCUCGGUGCUGAACGUGAUCUGCUCGAUGAUCCUGGGCGCACGCUUCGAGCAGGACGACCCACUGUUCCACCGCCUGGUGGCGCUCAUGGACCGCACCGUGGCCGCCAUGGGACCCAGCCAGAUUCUGAACGUGUUCCCAUGGCUGCGGUUCCUGCCCGGCCUGGGCCAGACCGGAAGUGACGUGUUCAGGUGCGCGGAGGAGAUCCGGGACUUCCUGUCCGGAGUCAUCCGGAAGCAGCGGAGCCAGCUCAACAACAACGAUGACGUCAGCGAUGACGUCAGCUUCGUGCGGAGUCUGGAGGCCGCUCUGCAGGAGGACGACCAGGUCACCAUGAUCAUGCAAGAUUUGUUCAUAGGCGGCGCUGAGACCACCACCACCACGUUACGCUGGGCGCUGCUGUACCUGGCGCUCCACCCCGAGGUGCAGGAGAACAUGCAGAUCGAGCUGGACCGGGAGGUCGGGCGGGAGAGGAGGCCGUCUCUCACCGACAAGCCGCGCCUGCCCUACACGGAGGCGUCCAUCCUGGAGAUCCAGCGGGUCCGCACCAUCGCGCCCCUGAGCAUCCCGCACGCCGCAUCGCAGGACGUGGAGCUCCGGGGACACCACAUUCCCGCUGGCACACAGGUGUUGGUGAACCUAUGGUCCGUCCACAUGGACCCUGCCCACUGGCCUGACCCGGAAAGGUUCGACCCCAGCAGGUUCCUGAACGAGCAGGGGAAGGUGGUCCGACCCGAGCAGUUCCUCCCCUUCUCCAUAGGUACGUACAUAUAG